GUGAAGUAAACAAAGGACAAUCAUCACACCACAAAGACCCUUCACUAGCAGAGUUCAUGGAAUGUACCGUAGCGGCGCCAUGCGGUGAUAUUUAUGUUUGUUCUUUUUAUGUGGUUACAUGACGGGUGGCAAGCGCCUCUAAAAUCUGUGGUCCCAAGGAUCCAAGCACUAUAUAUUUCGUGCUGGCAGCGUUUCUCUUCCUCCCAUCUCAUUCCAUCUCUCCAUAUACUCACAUCUACUUUGUACUGUGAAUCCUCAUGUCUAACAACAUCCGUAAACUCGAUCGUCGAGCAGUCUUCAAAAGUUUGGCUAAACGUCUGAGCACUCUAGACAAUUUUCUGUAUGCUACGGACGAAAUAAUGGGAUUUGAUCACUCGGAAGACUGCGAAUUGCAGUCCUACGGGGAAAAGAUCAUCGCUCUGACAGAGGUGGCGCGCCAGACUCUAAGAGAGAAAAUGGGUGUGUCCCUGCUCAUGAUUUGUCCAGAGGAACAUGUGCCUUACAAGGCGGCGUACUGCAAAUUGCUUAUCUGGAUCAGACGCCGCAGGUCCGCAUUCCCUACUGACAUAGACGACCGAAUCGAUUCGCUCUUGGAUAACAUAAACCACAAUAUGGUUGUACGUACCAGAGGAAUUGACCCUCGCGCCCAAUUGGGCAUCGAGGAAUUACUAAUCGUCAAGAAACCACGAGCCGCUUGUAACAGCACCGUCGAGACUGCAGCGCCUGUUACUACUGUCUCGUUGGCACACGAAUCGUGCACCGGCUCUUCAGAAAUGGGCGCCUACUUUUCCUCGAAGGCCGUAUGUUCGCGAAUUUCGAACGAAAGCCCAACGCUUUGAGGUUGGUGAUAUAUUAGUACUAGGAAGUAAUCGUCAUCAAGUUUGAUGGUCUUUACAAACGUUCUUACCAUGACCUAAUGGCCCGCGCAUUGUAGUUCAAAUCGCAACCUUCAUCUGUGCCUAGCUGUCAUGAAUAUGGAAUCUAUGUGCUCCGUAUUAUAUGUAGUGAAAGAA